UUACUCGAUUGUGCAACGUGCUGCUUUAAACACGCACAGAAUCACUGCCCUUACAAGUUGACGCCCUUGGCCACUUUCAUUUUUGUUUACGAGCAAGUCCGCUAGACUAGACCAACUCGACGAGCAAAAAGUACAAUCAUCAGUGUUUGCUGAUUGUUGGUUUGGUUUUCAAGAGUUGGAGCUCUUGUAGGAAAGGAGCAGUCAUGGAAGAUUUUGGCCUGAGGAUCCUGUCGGAACGUCUCGACACUUCUUUGGUGGCCAGAUGGUGCCCAAAAUGUCUCGGGUUGGGCGCCGGGAAUGACUUGAACAGCAACAUACCUUCACGCGAAUACAAACAACAUCUUGCAAAAUAAACAGUUUUGUUGUCAGGAUUUGAUCAUUGAGAAGGUGUGUCUUGUGUGUAUCUGUUCUCCAGAGUGAUUUACACGUGAGGCAGGAUACAAUCCAAACCUAGAGUUAAGCAACUGUGAGGUAGAGGUCGUGCUCAAGGGCACAGCUGUGGCUCUCUGGCUGUCCGUGGAUUUGAAAUUAUAGUCCUUCGAUCACCACUUAACCACUGACCUCCCACUGCCCCAAAGUGGAGGCCAGGUUUACGGUCAGUUAAGUCAAGGCGUAUUAGAUUGAUUCCCCGCUCUAGUUCUCUGUAUCAAGGUCAUUUUGGAAUUCAUGGGAUGCAAAGUUCAGUAGUACUGAAAUCAUGGUACAAUAACAAACUCAUGAUCGCACAUCGUCCUCCCUUUUUUUAAUUGAUUUUUUUUUAUUGCUAGUGGCCUGUGGUACCGAGGUUACCACGGGUACCAUAUCUGUGAGCCUAGCAGACCAAAUGUUCCUCAGGACCACUCUUCAGAUCAGCCAGACCCUCGCCAAUUCGUACAAACCCUAGCUACCCAGACUUGCCUUUCUGACGUAUAGUAGAGCGGCGUCUAAAGUGACUUCUUCCCUUGACGUGUAGUUGAAAACAUGAACGAUUCCAUUUGGUUGGUUGGUUGGUAAGGCACAAGCCUUGGUCUUCCAGCAGGUCCAACAGGUCGUUCUGAGUGUUUGUUGGUGAUGCAGAGCCGAGAACUGGUGAGGGGGACGAAAUGACGCUAGAACAACAUUUAUUCGUUCAUCUUCAGGAAACGGUGCUGUCAGGUGCUAAGGGUGGGACCCGGUUGAAAGGUUUGAGUGUGCGCUGUCCAGGAAACUCUACAGUACAAACUUCCGGGAGGUCCUACAGAGCUUCCAUCGAGGAACGCCCGGAAAAAACUGACCGAUCGUUUGGACCGAGGAAGAAAAUAUUCGUUUAUUAAGAUCUGUCGUGUCGUGCAGUCGAAUAUACACGAGACUCCUCGGGAUUCUUGUUUACUUAUUGUUUAUUGUUUACUGUUGUUACGACCUGGUGCAUCUUCUUUACAAACCUGAUCGUGGACAUCACUGGCUCUUGUAUUCAGUUCAGGUAUUGGCGAAGUAUCGAGCGAGUGACCGAUCAAUAAGGUUUUAUGUAAUUAGACAUCGCAUCGCAGUGAAAGAAACGUUUGUAAUCGUCGCUGUGUGCACGUGAUGCGAAUCGCAUGUUCUGUUCAAUAUGUGGAAUUUUAGUCAGAGGAACAGGGAAAGGGCGUGGUCUUAGUUUCGCCGUCGAUCCUACUUUUAUUUUGCCAUACGAUGCCGAUCGUCAGAGACCCGAAUAUCCGCCAGUACGGAAUACAGAACGGACAUCGUCACCAUGACGAUCGCUACGUAGCUGUCUUUUUGCGUACGGUGUAAAACGUGCCGAAAGACACGACGCUCCUUUGGCUGAAGGCGUAUCGUGGUUGCGAUGACGUCACGUGACGCGUCUCGGCCCAAAUCUGCGGCCAUUUCGAAUCAAGUUUCCUUGAUUUUUUUUUUUUUUUGUGUGUACAUUUCCGCGAUCGCACAAUGGUGAAAUCCUAGAGGGACCGAUUAACCGCUAAUCAUCAUCGCCGUUGACGUUAUUUGUACGGUGUUUAAUCUUUUUUUUUUUUUUUUUUGGUGAAAAUUUUUCUAUGACGCGCCUAAUAAAUCUUAUGUUAACUGGCUAAAUCGAACAUGCGUAGAUUAGAUUUUAUUCCACGUUAAUCUGUGGGAAGGAAUUCGAGAGGGCUAGAGGGUGGGUUUGGUAAGCGCUUCUAUCCCGGGCAGUCAUUCGUACCCAUGCUGCAUUGGGGUAGGCGGUGUGGGAGUUAUAGAGUGAAGCCAUGACCUAGAUUACUCUCUCUCUCUCUCUCUCUCUCUCUCUCUCUCUCUCUCUCUCUCUCUCUCUCUCUCUCUCUCUCUCUCUCUCUCUAAUCCCUUUCAUGGCCGUUCUCCACACCAAGCCCCUCCCUGCUGUGUAACUUCCUGCUGGGGAGUAGAGUCACACCCACCCCACCCUUUUUUUUUUUUUUUUUUUUUUUUUUUAAUUCCUUACAUUACUCACAGUACAAGUUCCCUAGGGAGCUUUAACACACACACACACACACACACAGGCUAUUUCAAUCACAGAUACGCUCGCUCA